GCAACGGCGACGACCGAGUGGCGGAAGGCUGGGGGGGACGCCUGGGCCAUGAGUGCCGUGCGGGUCCAGGAGUGCGACGGGGGCGCCACGUUCCUGGGCGACAUAUGGAAGCGCUUCGUCGUGGAUGAGGCGCUCACCUGCCGAGUGAACUAUGGCUUCAACAGCAGUCGCAAGUUCGGCGAGUCCAAGAAAGACUUGGAGUUGAACUGGGAGAACAUCCCGACCAUCGAGUUCUCUGGGAGCAGCGAGAAGGCGCUGGUGCAACUGCAGCGCAGGAUCAUCUGCUGCCGCAUGGGCCGCGCGCAGUUCGUGAACGACCCGAAGGACGUGGAUCACUCCAAGGGGAGGUUCCUCAAGAUCCCGCAGGCGGAGCUCGACCCCUUCCUCGCCCACGGGUUUACUUCGUGCUUGAUGUUUCGGAACUGGUGCCGCCCCUUCUUCAAGAGUGCGGAGGGGUCCAUCCCCAACUGCCUGCGCAUGCAGGACAACUUGGUGGCCGUCUGCCCGAGGGUCGCUCGUGACACCGCGUGGCUGGGCACGCGCCUCAGCGGCGGCCAUGACUCUCCGCCCGGCGAGGAGGACGAGGCCCACGCGGGGGCUACGAAGCUCGUCGUCGCCGCCCACAAGGCCACGCCGGCCAAGCAUGUCCUGAAGGAGUACUUGUUCUCGUCCCUCCCUUGUUUGCCAGGGGCGCGCCAGGCGGGCAGGAAACAUGCCUCUAAGUGGCAAAACCUGAUCGAUGCUCUGGAGAAGUCCCCCGUGGUCCUCUUCCAGCGCUCCGACGCCAACGCGGUGCGGAAGCUCCUGGUCAACUACGACAGCAUGGUCGAAGCCAUGGUCGCGAAUGGGGGCGAUCAGGCGUUCGGGAGCUGGAGCGACUGGGGGUCCCCGUUCGACCACAUCGAUGCCCAGGCCAACCUGACGCAGGACGGAGCCGUGGAGUGGUACAGCAUGAUCCUGGAGAACAUGGAAGAUGUCACUGGCCGCGAGGGCAGGCUGGCCACGGACUUCAAGUGCACGGAAAGGCCAGACUUUAUCGCCCUGACGGAGCAUGCGAAGACUGGGACCGAUCGGGGGCAGAAGAUGCUGGAGGCGUACCUGCAGAGGUGCGAUGACGCCUGGGUGGCCAACGGGGAGGACUCUGUCGUCAGUUUGCAGGUGCCGUACCAGACAAAGGAGUGGUACAAGCGGAAGUUUGCGCGCGGGCCUGCUGGGCAGAAACUGUCUCGCGAGGCGAGGAAGGUCGCUUUCCCUGACCACGUGGGCCCCGACGCUCCGUGCUGCCACCCGCGGCUCUUCAAGGUAGCGCUUCAGCGGGCGGGCGUGUACUCCGAGGAGCGCUUCCCCAUGCUCGCGCGCGUGUGCCGCUUCUACAAGCAGUGGAGGUCCGCGCUGUCGCAGUAUCUCGGAGUCCCAGUGGAAGAGGCGAAGGUGGAGAUCAUCAAGAUCUUCUAUGGAGCCAGGCCCGUGGCCCAGGUACCGUGGCUCCUCAAGCUCUGCAGCGAGGUCAAGGACGUCGUGGCCGCCGUGCUGGCGCACGCCGAGUUCGCGGCCUACAGGCAGCUGUACGCCGACAGGCCGUCUCCCGAUUACAGUCGGAUCGCGGCCGUCCUGUCCCAGCUGGAGGACGACGCUCUCAUGAUCCUCAUCGCGAACCUCCGCCGCAUUGCGGCCACCACCAGCGAGGUGCUGCUCUUCGACGGCUGCCUCGCGCUGGCAACCUGCUUUCAGCAGGAGGCCCUGGUGCGGCUGGCGGUGGCCACUGCGAACGCGGCCUCCUGCGUCGAAUUCGCUAUCCAGUCCUGGCCGAGCAACUCGCCCGAUCGUCUGGGCGUUGCCGUCCUGCACGGUUGCGGGUCCGAGAUCAGUCUCCUCCUCACCCCCGUGCCAGACCAGGGCAACUUCCUCCUGACGGCGGCGUGGUGGGCGGGCAUGGGCGCCACGAUGGCGGACCUCUCUCCGGAGGACCUGGCAGUCCUGACAAUGCAGGAGGUCAACGACAAUUCUCUCUACAGCUCCCAGAGGAACAACUCCGCCAUGACCUUCUUCGCCCCCACCCACGAGCACGUCAUUUUCGAGGAGGUCCACUCUGGCCGCUCGUUCGUGGUCCUGGAGGACCCCUGCCGCGAGGGCACGCCGAGGCACGCAUACGGCCUGCGGUACAGCAACAAGGAGCUCGGGCUCUUCGACCCCGCGGCCCCAUCGCUCGUGCAGGUGAUGCAGGCGGAGUACUACCUGGAGAAGGCCCAGGGCCGCAACCUGGUGUACUACAUCCUGGAGCGCAGGGCUGCCCCUGGGGCGCCCACCCCGCGCGCGCCCCCUGAGGAUGAGGCCUGGCGCAGGUUCACAAAGGGAGAGGCGGUGGCCGCUCGCCCGAACUACAGCAACGAGGACCUCAAGGACAAGUUUACCAACAGCACCAAGACGGUCGAGGAAAACAAAGCGGACAAGGGGCCUGCUGGAGGGGCCAGCGCGGACGACGAGGUGAGCAAGACGUUGCAGAGACGCUUGGAGCCGAAGAUCAACUCUGACGCCUCGGUCCCCUGA